AAUCACAGAGCGACCUCAUGCCCCUCCAAGAUGGCGACGUCCAUUCAGAACCGCCGUAGGCACAUUCUGUGUUGGCAAAAUACCCGCAGUAACUAAUCAAAAAAAAGUAAGACAUAUGCGGCAAUACAGUUAAUAACAUCGUUUUCGCCGUUGGAUAUCUGCACAUGUCGGUUGACGGCGUGGGGUUCGCUUUCAUGGCUGAUUGAGAGUGAAAUUGGGCGUCCUCUCGCCAUGGCCACCGACAACAGGAUGCAUUUCUGGAGGAGAAACCCAAAGGUUCCCGGGAGCUUACAGCCAGUAUAUGGAGCACAGCACCCUCCUCUGGACCCACGCAGACAUCGUCUAUUAAAAGAUGCUCCAAAGGUUAACAGUGUGAACACCAAAUCCAAAAAACCUUCCACUUUCCACGAAUUUGCUCGGAGCACCAAUGAUGCAUGGGACAUUGAUGAUGAAGAGGAUGACGGUAUGUUUAAUCUUAAACCGCUCUCAUCUUCGCCUGUCCAAUCACGAUCCAUGCCUCAAACACCCUGCCUCAAAAUCAUCAAAACCCCAGAAGACACCGAGGCACUGCCCCCCUCACUGGACAGGCAGGAACCAAUCAGCACAAACCCCAUUCAAGAUCGACUGGAUAUGGAAAGCGGUCCAGCCAAUGGCAGGGUGGUAAAGUCCAGUAGCGAAGCCCAGCUCAAUGUUAAUGCAGCUCGUAAUACCCUGCAAAAACAGCAGUCACUUCCUGUGCGGCCCGUUAUUCCAUUGGUUGCCCGCAUUUCGGACCAAAAUUCCUCAGGAGCUCCGCCCAUGAUGGUGAGAGAGAAGACUCGAUUGGAUAAAUUCAAGCAGCUACUUGCCAGUCCCAACACAGAUUUGGAGGAGUUACGGAAGCAUAGUUGGUCGGGAAUCCCUCGUGAAGUUCGGCCAGUCACUUGGAGACUCUUAUCUGGCUAUCUUCCAGCCAAUAGAGAGCGAAGGGAUCUGGUUCUCCAGAGGAAGAGGGAGGAGUAUUUUGGCUUCAUUGAACAGUAUUACCACUCCAGAACAGAUGAGAAUCACAGAGACACGUACAGACAGAUUCACAUCGAUAUCCCGAGGACAAACCCUUUGAUUCCUUUGUUCCAGCAGCCGCUGGUGCAGGAGGUGUUUGAGCGGAUCCUGUUCAUCUGGGCCAUCCGUCACCCCGCUAGUGGAUACGUGCAGGGCAUUAAUGAUCUGGUCACUCCCUUUUUUGUGGUCUUCCUGUCUGAAUUCGUGGAGGAAGAGGUGGAAAAUUUCGAAAUGGCAAGCUUGCCUCUGGAUACACAACGAAACAUUGAGGCCGACAGCUUUUGGUGCAUGAGCAAAUUGUUGGAUGGGAUACAGGACAACUAUACAUUUGCCCAGCCUGGGAUUCAGAAUAAAGUGAAGGCGCUGGAAGAGCUCGUUAGCAGAAUAGAUGAGGAUGUCCACCUGCACUUUCUAAAGUGUGAGGUGGAGUAUCUGCAGUUUGCUUUCCGCUGGAUGAAUAAUCUGCUGAUGCGGGAGCUACCGCUGCGCUGUACCAUUCGCCUGUGGGACACCUACCAGGCGGAGUCGGAGGGAUUCUCCCAUUUUCACCUCUACGUGUGCUCUGCCUUCCUCAUCAAAUGGCGCAAAGAGAUCCUAUCCAUGGUGGACUUUCAGAGCCUGCUAAUGCUCCUGCAGAACCUUCCCACGAUACACUGGGGCAACGAAGAGGUGGGUUUGCUACUGGCGGAGGCCUACAGACUCAAAUACAUGUUCGCUGAUGCUCCAAGCCACUACAAGAGAUGAGAACCCGCAAGCGGUCCGCGGCGCAACCCUGAAAAGUCCAAACAGCUUUUCUUCACUCUAUUUAAUUUGCACUGCGAAUACAGAGCUCGCCUAUGACGUCAAAUUUGUGUCAUCGUCUGUUACAAUUCACGAUCAAGAAUGAGACGGCUUAAACAACCACUGACAACACGGAUAUUUUGGAAGAACCUCCCAGAGAUCUUGAUGGCUGACAGUUCAGUUUGCCCGCAGAUGACUCCAGAAGAUAACUGACAGUGAGAUGCCGAGGAACAGAAAGCGAUUAUCAAACUGAAAACAUAAGGACAUGGAAUCCUAGGCUUCCCCGCAUCUUCCUGUAUUUGUUACCUCAGAUGUGGAGCAACCACCUCUCGUUUUUAUUUCUUGACAGAUCCUAAUUUUUUUUGUCCUCUCGCCACCGUUCUCAUGUUUUGUGUUAUUAGACUGUAAUGUGAUCUCCUUGGCCCUUUUGCUCAUUGCCACAUUGAUUGUACCACACGCAGGUCCACGGGUCGAUUCCAGUCCAUAAUCACUCUGCGUUAUUGAAGCUCUGCAAUACAUGAAACUAUGGCAGCCGUAAAGGGUCAUUUCUCAAGAGGCGCAGCUGAGCGUUUCAGAUUUGAAGAAUCAAUAUGCAACCGCCUGAGCAAUGUGUUUGGGUUUUUAUGUUUUUUUUUUUUUUUGAAACAAGGCAAGGCUGUGAAUUUUAACAAUCGUUUAACCAGUGGCUUUGUAUGCGUAUGAAGCACAAAUAUUUCUUAGAAAACGAGUACUUUUAGAGCUUAAGUAUUAGCAUUCGACUACUACUGAGGUGUACGUGAAAUAUUAAUAUGGCUUUAUAAAAAAUUAAUCGGUGUGAUGUGAGGUCAGCCUCUGACACCACAGGACUGGAGUCGUGUUGAAAGGAAACUACUGACUUGGAGGCAGACUGAAGGGUUUUGGUUUUCACUCUGUGGUACUGAAGCAUUGUACUGUACAUAAACAAAUCCUAAUCUUAAAUACUGCUGGAGAACAGCAGAUGAAAUCUCAAAGCACUGUGAAAAGGCAUCUACCAUUCGCACAUCCAUUCGAUCUCCCAGGGCAAUCAAAUUAUGCAGAUGUUUAUGCUAAUCCGAUGUAGAUGAUCUGAUUAUCUCCCUUUUCCCUUUGAACCCUUGUUUCACCUUUCGGUGUAUUUAUUAACUCCAGGCUGAUAUGUUUUUUAAUUGGUGAUAAAUUGUUCAUCUUCUGAAUCUUUCCAAACCAGAUCUUUAUAAAUGGCCAUGUAAUGCGAAAUGAAUGACUCGACUUAUCAAUAGCAAAUGUUUUCAUUAAAAUCACUAAUUAUUUCGUAUAACUCGGACCAAAGCCUUGCAUGGAUAAUCUGAAUAAUAAAUUAAAGAAGUGUCUUUCUGCUUUAAUUAUUGAAGCAAGUGGAGUGUAUCGAUUAGAUGGAGGUGUCAGAAUCUGUUAAAAGUGAUGCAGUUGAACUUCAAGCUCAGCGCUGUGGAGUUUGCUGAUGUUAAACGCUUGAAUAAUGUACAUUUUGUCAGCUCGCUGUCCUUAUUCAUCCAUCAGUGACAUUUGAAAACACCUGCGCUGCACCUGUCUCGCUGUUACAAUCUAUUUUUGAUGAAGCAUUUGCGGUGCUGCACUCUUAUUUUGAAGUGAACUGGAAUGUAUUUUUUUUUCUUUCUGUGUUAUGUCUUUGUCUUUGCAUAUAUUAAUGAGCUGAUAUUCACUCCAGAGAUAAUUAGUUUGCUCGUAACCCUUUUAAAGUGUGCUAAUGAAGCGGUGACUUAUUGUCGAGGGUUGAGAUGGCUGACCCUGGUGAGGAAAUGGAGCAGUAAUUAUUCAUGAGACGCAUUGAGUAAACUUCCAGAUUAGCUCCCGGUUUUAGUCUUUUGAUCGAUCUUUUUUCCUGAUGUCAGUUAGGCUGUUGAAUAAAGUUAACCAGUAAGAUGCUCUUGAGGGUGAACAUCCAUGUCUGGCUCUCAAAAUAUGGGUUUUGUGCAGACCUGUCCCCCUUUCUCAACGCAAAAGUCAAAAGUGUAACAUGUUGUAUC